CUGUCACCAACUCAAGCAGAUAGGACCUCUGUUUACCAUCUCAUCCGAAGGUCAACACACGCAGGGGUGCACCCUUGUGCUGCACUAAAGUGUCAGUCCUGGAAAAAUGAACCCAAUCACCGGGAACAGGACUACAACCCCCACCAUCAAAUCACGAAGCCCAGAGUUUUGAGCAGCACAUUAAAUCAGAGUUUUCCAUGCUGCACCAGUUUCUGCAGGACAAGGAACAGCAGCUGAUUCAAAAGCUUAAGGAUGAAACAACAACAAUUACUGGAGAAAUGAAGGAAAACUUGAGGAAAAUUGAAGAGAAGAAUGAAACCAUUCAGAGGCAGAUAUCAGCCAUUCAGUCAAAACUGCAGCAGGAGGACCCUCUUCAUUUUCUCACAGGCAUCGAGGAUGAAAUAGAAAGGGCCAUGAGGGAACAGGAAAAAGACGAGAGAAUUCAUGUUGAAUUGGUUUCCGAGAACCUGAGUACUGGGGUAUACAAAGGUCCCCUACAGUACAGUGUUUGGAAGAAAAUGCUGUCUGUUGUCAACCCUGACUCAUUGCUUCAUCAUGCUGUGAAAUAA